AUGUACAAAAAAAAAUGUCCAAGAACACCUAUCGAAUCUCCUCAUCUUCCAGCUACAUUAAAUGCAUCACCGUCUUCGCCAAUUUUAACUUAUGAAUGUUCUCCGUCAACAAGUUCUAUGAUCAAAUCAUUUAUAGAUAUGCCUUCACCAAUUAGUACUCAAGAACGUCGAAUAAACAAGGCAAAAACAGUUCUCUUUCCUAUCGAACAAAGCCCAAAAAAGUCAAAAAAACAUCUUGAAGACUUAAUUCGAAAAAAAAAUAUACUGUUAAAAAAUAAAAUACAAGUUUCUCGUAAUAAAUAUAAUUUACAUACUUUUAAAAAUAAUAUUACAUUUUCAAGUUUUGGAUCAAAAGUCAUAGCAGAAAUGCAAAUGUUUCAUAAACGUAAUUUAAGGAAACCCUGGACACUAGCUGAAAAAAAUUUUGCUAUAAAUUUAUACUAUAAAUCACCUGCUACAUACAAAUUUCUUAGAAAUAACCAACAAAUAAUUUUACCAGGUGAAACUACGUUGCGUAGGUGGAUAGGGAAGUCUUAA